AUGGCUCCAGAAGGGUCCUAUUUACCACAUGUCUCAUUUGAAGACUUAUCUCCAUCAGUGGUUGAUGAGGAAGUGACGAAAAUGAGGAAGCAAGGUUAUGCAUUAGAUUUUAGCUCCCCAUUUAUUCACGUACCUCCCCAGUUUAAUCCACUUUAUCUUAGUGUGCCAUAUAUGCAAUCUGAGCGCGAUGCCAAUGAAGUCUCUGUUGCGAAACACCCUGUGGACCUCGAUAUUGCAUAUGCACCGCAAGUACAGCAAGAAGUAGUAGAGGCAUAUACACACAUGUUGGAGGGUGGGCUAGGUAUUGAGGCCACUCGCCGAUCCUUGUCUUAUUUGGGUGGAUCUUCAAGGAGUAAUUCUUCGACGCGGGCGCCAACACACUCCCAUACGGCCAAGCUUCCACCCCCACCUGAAGUGUCCAUACUAAGAAACAAGGACAUAGAUGAGCAUAUUGAUGAUUUCGACAUAACGGACAUUGAUGUUAAGAUUGAACGACAACUUGAUUUGAUUACGAAGAGCAAUACGGAAAAGAACUCAGGAUUUCGUGCGGGUUACACGACUGCUGGGUUCAACAACAUUCAUGAGGUGGAAGAUAGGUUAAUGGCAAGACGUGGCAAGCAAACUAUGGAGACGGCACCAGAUGGAAAGCUACCAACUUUACGAAAAAAAUCAUAUGCGGAGAUGACUGAUGAAGAACUCAAAGAACUGGAAGAUAGCCUUGCCCCCCGUAGCAAGUCCUUUGAUCUUGAUUUAUUUGACUUCUCUCAGCAAAGCAGUUUGUACCUUGGGACAGAUACCAAAAGAGAUGAUCUACGCCAAAAAGUAAAUCUAUUUCCUGCGCCUUGUAUGUAUCGUUCGAGGCCUUCUGUGCCAUAUCGUGCUGUUAGUUGUACAAAGGUACACAGUGCAUUUCACUCCUACGUGAGUAGUCAUGCCAAAGAUGGCUCUGAAGAGAUGCUGAGAACUGUCUUGUGUUACAUCAGCGGCAGAAAGCACACAUGGUCGGCUGUUGAUUGGUAUAUUCAUCAAGUGGCAAUGGAUGGUGAUCAUCUAGUCAUUGCCACGUGGCUUCCUGAAUACAAUGAGGGAGCUUCUAAACUGCCUGAAGCUCCAAAGUCGCGUAGGUCUUCUACAACACAGGGCAAGUUCAGGCCCACUGGAUUAAGCCCCAUUUGUAGUAAUAGUAUUCCUGAGUCUGCUCAAGUUGAACAUAACGAUGGUAUGGCAUUUUCAGCGUUUGAGCUGGACGAGUACGCCAAGGAACGAUGUAAGAGUCUUCUCGACUACUAUGCGCAAAAGUGCAAGCACCGGAUAUUGAAGAUAACUGUUGAGUUUAUUAAGGAGAAUUCGAAAAAGAAGUCAAUGGCACAGGUGGUAGAAGUAUACAAACCUCACUUGCAACUUAUUUCUACCGUUUCCAUUAAUAUUAAUACGAAACUCUGCAAUGGAAAAGUGAAAUUACCAAAUUAUAUCGUAAAACACUUGCCCAUUCCGACAAUGGUUGUUCCAAACGAAUUUCUCAGACUUGAAGAUAUUGGCGUCGCCAAGAAAAGUUCACCCAUCGUUUCACAGGGUGUUCAACUAGAUCGACUUAAUGAAAUCAUCACCGCCACUUCAAGAAAUCCAUUUGCAUUUGAGCCAGGGCGUGAUAACCAUGGCCAGUCGCAAAGUUAUGAAAAUUCAGAUUCAGAAUCAAUAACAGCUUACUUUCCUAAAUCUGAUGAAUGGCACCCAAAGCGUGAACAAUUUGAUCUUCUUGGCUAUAUCCCACCUAGUCCAACGUUUGCUUCCUUCUGCCAAGAUAGCUCCGGUGGAUCUUCUAGAAGCAGCAGGCGCUCUUCAAGGGUAGCGUUUACCCGUCCGAACAUUUACAAGGUUAAAUCUCUGAUUACUGAAAGCGAAUUAAGCAAUUACACUUUAAAGCAAAACAAAGCAUCCCAACAAGCUCAACCUAUCCGUAGUCGGAAGCUGAAACCCUCGCACUCAAUAAGUAUACCAACAAGACCUGAUAUUGUAAGUUUAGGAUCUUCUAACAGCGAAGAAAAACGAACCAAAAAAGGUAGGAUUGGGGGGUUUUUCAAAAAGUUUGGGUUCAGCUAA